AUGCUGGACCUGGGACUCCGAGUCCCCCCAAAGUCGCUAUUGAUGAUGACGUAUGUGAAGGAUGAGGUGAAGGUCCAGCGGCACGUCUUGCGGAUCACGGGCAUCAAGAUCAAGCGCGCCAGCUGGGCCAAGGACCUUGGGGUGGACUGUUCCAUGGGACUCAAGCGUGCGACCAAGACCACCAAGAGCAGGAUGACCACGGCGCAGGCUCGCGCCACGCGUACAGCCCUGUUCAGGCGAGUCGGCCGAGGCGGCAUCAGAUCCAAAGGAGUCAUGUUGCACAAUACCAACAUCAAGGCGAAGUUUCGAUAUGCUGAUCCAGUUCUGGGAGUGGCGCCGUCUGAUAUGGAGCGCAGGCGUGCCCAAGCGGCAGACUUGGCUGGACACACUGUCGGUGGCAGAUGCACGGCCUCAGUCUUGCUGCUCCACUACCAGGACGACGAUCCCAAGAUGAGCGUGGUCAAGGAUCAGGUCAAGCAGUGGUUCCAGUUCUGGGAGGCCCAUCCAGAGCUGCGAGAACGAGUUCGACGGGGCUGGCGAGCGAUGCUGAAGAGGCUGAUAUACCUGCGCCCCCGCUCAAGAUGGCGGUGCGUGACGGGCCCGAUGGGGGCUCUCAUCAUGAUGCUGCGCGAGCUCGGCUGGACCCCGCGAGCUCCAGACCACUGGCUCGAUGACCAGGGGGACGAGUGGAAGCACAUGGGCGAUGCUGCGGACAGCCACGACGAGUUGUACGAGGCUCUGUGCUCCUCCGCCAGGCGCGACCUCUGGCAGCAGGCUGGCGGUCAUCCAGCAGGGCAGGGGCUGCAUGAGGGUGGCGACAUGCACAUGCUGCGGGUCAACCUGCGGCGGCUCCGUCGCCAGGACCGACAUCGUGAGGCAGGUGCGCUGGAUGCGAACGCUCUGGCUUGCAUCUGGACGAAG